AUGGAGUCCUCAAAAUUUGGAAAACGGCGAUCGAGCAUCUCGAGCGAGAGGCGAAACCCUCCUCAAUCGUUCCCAGAGACUGUUCCGCAGACCGGCCCCGCCACCGGCAAGUAUCAGUACCGAGACGCCGACUUUUGGACCUGCGGCUUCUUCCCAGGAAGUCUGUAUUGCCUGCUAGAGCGCUCGGUCAAGUAUCCGCAGCGGUUUCUCACAGACGGCACGCUCGACGGCAAGGGCUCCCAACACGGCGAGUCGCUACGCCAAGAGCUCCCGGGCGUCUGCCGAGCGUGGUCGGAGCCGUUGCACGAAAUGGCCAACCGCACAGACACCCACGACAUGGGCUUCAUCAUCGAGCCCGCUCUCAGACGAGACUUUGAGUUAACGGGCGACGAGCGCAGCCUGGCGUCGAUUGUGCGCGCUGCAAAGAGCCUGGCGAGCCGGUAUAGCGAGACGACGAGGGCGAUCCGCAGCUGGGACACGUUUGUCAACAACCGGCACCAGUUCACGGACAAGGACAAGGACUUUUUGGUCAUUAUCGACAGCAUGUGCAACUUGGACAUCCUCUACUAUGCGGGCCAUCACAGUCGUGACCAGCGCCUCAUUGACAUUGCCACCACGCACGCGCACACUGUUUGCAAAACCCACCUGAGGCGGGAAGACUCGUCGUCGGGGUCCAAGUACGGCGAGCUAUCAACUUGCCAUGUGGCGAAUAUGUGCCCUGCCACGGGCCAGGUUGUGCGGCGGUUCACGGCACAGGGCUACUCUGAUACUUCGACCUGGGCGCGCGGGCAGUCGUGGGCGGUGUUGGGAUUUGCACAAACAUACAUGUGGACCAAGGACGUCGUCUUCCUCCACACGGCCUGCGGCUUGGCCGAGCACUUCAUGUCGCGAAUGGAGUCGUCGCCGCCGUGUGUCGAGGCAAGCGGUAAGGUGGGCAGAUACGUGCCGCUCUGGGACUUUGACGCCCCCGUUGACGAGAAGCAUGUAGUCCGGGACAGCGCAGCCGGCGUGAUUGCGGCCAACGGGAUGCUCGUGAUUUCCGGUGCGCUUGCGUCCCUGGGACACUUUGUGGACGCCCAGAGAUUUCUUGAAUCGUCGCUGGCGAUUGUGGAGGACACCCUGGCGUUGUGCUAUGCGACCGACGGGCUGGAGCUGGUCGUUGAGCAAAGAGAAGACGGGUCUGCGAGGGUUGUGGCCCGGAGUCUGGAGCAAGAGGCCGAGCCGUUUGACGCCCUGCUUCGAUGCGCAACGGCCAACUACAAUCGAGACUGGACGGACAAGUACUAUAACCAUGGGCUUGUGUACGGAGACUACUACCUGCUGGAGUAUGGCAAUAGACUGCUUCAGCUCGGGUACAUGUAG